CUGCACUCAGUGUGGAAAGAGUUUCACAUACAAAUGUAAUCUUGAGAUUCACAUGAGAGUUCAUACAGGAGAAAGACCGUUCACAUGUGAUCAGUGUGGGAUGAGUUUCUCAACCAAAGGUAAUCUUGAGGUUCACAUGAGAGUUCAUACUGGAGCGAAGCCGUUAACUUGUGAUCAACGUGGGAAGAGCUUCACGAACAAACGUAAUCUUGAGCUUCACAUGAAAAUCCACACCGGAGAGAAGCCAUUCACAUGUGAUCAGUGUGGAAAGAGUUUCAUAUACAAAGAAAGUCUUAAGAUUCACAUUAGAGUUCACACCGGAGAGAGACCGUUCAUAUGUACUGAAUGUGACAAAAGAUUUCUUCAGGCAUCAGACCUAAAGAAACACUUGACAGUUCAUAGGAAGGAGAAGCCACAUUCAUGUUCUGUGUGUGGAAAGAGUUUUUCACAGCGGUUUUAUUUACGUGCACAUCAGAAAAUUCAUACUAGUGUGAGAGAGUACAUGUGCUUUGAGUGUGGGAAGACUUUUAUUAAUGUGAAACAUUUAAAACAGCACCAGAGAAUUCACACUGGAGAAAAACCGUACAAGUGUUCACACUGUGACAAGAGAUUCAGUCAGUUAACAAAUCUAAAAACACAUGAGAUGAUCCACAGUGGAGAGAAGCCGCACACGUGUGAUCAGUGUGGAAAGAGUUUCACUGUUAAAAGUCACCUGAAGCGACACAUGAGGAUCCAUACUGGAGAAAAACUUUACAAGUGUUCACACUGUGACAAGAGAUUCAGUCAAUUAACAAAUUUAAAAACACAUGAGAGGAUCCACAGUGGAGACAAACCUUACUGUGACAAGAGAUUCAGUCGGUCAGCAACUCUGAAAACACAUGAGAGGAUCAACACUGAAAAACAACCCUACAAGUGUUCAUACUGUGAGAAGAGAUUCAGUCAUUUAGCAAAUCUGAAACCACAUGAGAGGAUUCACACUGGAGAGAAGCCGUACACAUGUGAUCAGUGCAGAAAGAGUUUCACUGUUAAAAGUCACUUGAAGCGACACAUGAGGAUCCACACUGGAGAAAAACCUUACAAGUGUUCAUACUGUGACAAGAGAUUCAGUCAAUCAACAAAUCUAAAAACACAUGAGCGGAUCCACACUGAAGAAAAAACAUACUGUGACAAGAGAUUCAGUCAUUCAGCAACUCUGAAAGCACAUGAGCGGAUCCACAGUGGAGAGAAGCCGCACACGUGUGAUCAGUGUGGAAAGAGUUUCACUGUUAAAAGUCACCUGAAGCGACACAUGAAGAUCCAUGAAGUGGAGAAACCACGUCACUACAGUCUGAGAUCACGGUGAGUAGUUCAUCUAUAUGAGCUGAGCAACAAACAUUUCUGCCGAUGAUGGAGUUUCCAGUGCUCCUUUUCUCAUCCUAUUCCUGUUUUUCCAGCAGCAUCAGCCUGAGCUGAUCGUUCCUCUCAGGAACCUGAUGAAUUUGGAUCUUCAGCUGGAGACUCUCCUGAAACUACAACAGAACGAUCAAAUCACUGUUAAAACACACUGUAUGGAUUCUUCCCUUAAGAUCAGUGUGACAAACUAAUGACUUACACUUAACAAACUGCCAUAUGUUUCUAUAUGUUAAUGUAAUUUACAACAAUAAAACAACCUUGACAAUAUUGACUUUGCUGUCACUCCUCUUAAUCAGUUCUGUGGGAUGAACAGUUUAGGACCCUCGACCAGAUAUGUUGAAUGAAAGACCAGGAGUCAGAAGUGCAAUUAAUUGAAGAAUUGACUAAAGAAUAAUUUGCAGUUUCGUCAU